AUGAGGAUUUUUUCGUUUGGUGUUCUUUACCCAUUUGCUGUAUCGGCCACAGCCAUACAACCGCGAGCGGGUUCGGUGCCAGCUGGGCCUUAUACAGCGGGAGUCUGGAGACCCGCUCAAGGGACCGAUCUUUUCUUCUACGGCGAUGGAAUCAACGCCAAUGCGGGCAGGUUUUGGUUGGGGAAGAACGCGACUUCAUACUGCCCUGGCGAAGUCGAGAACCUGGACUGCUCAAAGUUUGCGACCAGUAGCACCAACUUUGUGGGAGGGAACGGCACCCUGGCACUAGACGUGUCGGUACCAGGCGGACAACAAAUCUACGUCGCCGCAGAUGGUGCGCUGGGCUAUACUGGCCCACACUCGGCUGCCGUGCCUGACGGGGCAAUCACAACGGGCUUCUGGCGUGAGCGCAGUGAGGCCUGGGGGGCGCCAGUAAACCUUGGAAUGACCAGCAGAUCGUGGCAGCUCUGCCCGAUUGGCGAUACGCCUCAGGGGAGAAAUGGUACGUUCCAGAUCUACCUCGUCGACGAAACGAAAGACGGCUGCUACGGGGUGGCAAUGCGAACAUAUACGGGUUCAGGGGCUGGCGGUAAUGCGUGGGAAUACUUGUGA